ACUCUUAUAAAUAGUUUACUAAAUAGUUACCCCGAGCUACUGUCGCAGUCGCGACUCUGAACACGAGGACAUUUCCAUUCUCUCUCACUUGCAUUCUAACCAGUCACACACACAACAUACAUACCACUAAUUUGCGCCAUGGCCAUUCAGUCGCUCUUAUCUAUAGUACCCAUAGUCCUCGCCGCCAGUAGUUUCUCAUUCGUAAAGGCGGCAUCCAGUACUUUUCCCAACCCGCAGCCCCCAAAUGGAGACAAUUGUCGAUGUUUUCCCGGCGAUGCGUGCUGGCCGACACCAACGGAAUGGUCCUCGUUUAACGCAACGGUGGGUGGUCGUCUUAUCGCUACGACCCCCAUUGCUGCAUCGUGUCACCAGUCGAAUCUGGCCAAUUACGACGCCCAGGCAUGUCAAGCCUUGCGUGAUGUGUGGUGGUUCCCCGAGACACACCUUGCGACGCCCUCGUCUCCCAUGGCCCCUUUUUUUGCUAACGCCAGUUGUGAUCCAUUUACAACGCCCACGGACCAGUGUGUUAUUGGCGCGUAUGUCCAAUAUGCUGUAAAGGCCGCCGAUGUCGCCGAUUACCAGGCAACGCUCGCCUUCGCAGCCGCGAAGAAUAUCCGCCUUGUGAUCCGCAACACGGGCCAUGACUACUUCGGGAAGUCGACAGGAGCCGGGGGGCUUGCCCUGUGGACGCAUUUCCUUAAGGAUACAGAGCUAAUCGAUAACUAUGAGUCAACGGCUUAUACUGGAAAGGCUCUGAGGCUUGGCGCUGGUAUCGAGGCUCUUGAAGCUUACCAGGCCGCCGACAAAGCCGGGGUUGCAAUCGUUGGAGGUGGUUGCUCCACCGUAGGUGUUGCUGGUGGUUACUCCCAGGGUGGCGGCCAAGGGCCCCUGAACUCCGUCUUCGGCCUUGGGGCCGAUCAGGUCCUGGAGUGGGAAGUUGUCACGGCCGGGGGCCAGCACCUCGUUGCCAGCCCGGCUAAGAACAGUGAUCUAUACUGGGCACUAUCGGGUGGUGGCGGAGGCACCUAUGCUGCGGUUAUCUCGAUGACGGUGAGGGUACACCAGCUUACGAAAGUUUCUGUUGCGACCUUGAAUUUCACCACAAGUACGAACGUCUCCGCGGACCUUUUCAAUAGUGCCGUGCAGACUUUCCUCUUGACGCUGCCCAGACUGGGAGAGGCAGGUACUUGGAGUGUCUGGCUGUUAGCAACUGGUGUGUUCUCACUAAACCCUAUCGUCAGUCCUGACCUGGAUAAAAACCAGCUUCAGGCUCUUCUUGAGCCUACACUAUCCUUCUUGGAUAAUAAUGGCAUUCCAUAUAACUACCAGAUUCAACAAUAUAGUUCUUUCCUGGAAGCAUACACUGAAAUGUUUCCCGUUGAUAACAUUACCGAGUACAACAUCGGUGGGCGAUUGAUCCCAAAAUCACUACUCGAGACCAAUUCUUCGGCAGCGUCAUUUUUCGAAGCACUUAACUUCAUUACCUCUCAAGGCGGAGUCGUGUCCGGAAACUCAUUAGAUGUAUCAGGCUUUCCGAGAACCGGUGUCAAUAAUUCCGUAAAUCCCGUCUGGCGUACUACCAUCUUGAAUAUAGUCUUUGGCCUGGCCUACAACGCCUACGACUUUCAGGCUAAUAUUGCGCUGCAGAACGAGGUCACUAAUACCCUAAUGCCGCGACUUGAGGCGCUGACGCCCGGCGGCAGGGUGUACCUCAACGAAGGAGAUUUCCGCGAUCCCAACUGGAAAUGUAAUUUUUAUGGUGCCAAUUACGCACGUUUAUUGUCUAUCAAGGACAAGUAUGAUCCUGAUGGUUUAUUCUAUGGGCUGACGGCUGUUGGUAGUGAUAGAUGGACUGUUCAAUCAGACGGAAGGCUUUGCCGGAUAUCAUAGGUCUUAUAUAUUUGACAUAUAUGAUGAUAGAUUAUAUAAGAUUCAAUUAUAAAAUAUAUACC